AGCAUAUGUGUGACAGUUGUGGUGCUAAAUGUGCACUUCAGAUCACCUCAGACGCACAAAAUGUCACCCUGGGUGAAAAGAGUCUUCAUUCACAUACUUCCAAGGCUUUUAGUGAUGAAACGGCCUACGUACGUCUUCGAAACAAAUAGUAAAUUUAUGUCAAAUCGCUACAUCGGCAGAAGACGAGAACCCUCCUGUUUAUAUCCCUACCACACAACGAUGCAUAGGGAUGACAGCAGUCCAAAGAGGAGGUUUUCAAGUAGGACGCCGAGUAAAGAGGAACUGUCACCAAGUCUUCUGGCGGACGGAGGCGGUCCAUUCGGCGGCAGCUGUCAAAUCCACGGCGCGUCAGGCCCCGCCUUGCCUCCCUCUCCAUCAGAGGAGGCGGCGACGCCCUCCGCAGCCGAAGAUGCGGGUGGAGGGGGAGGAGAUAGAGGAGGAGGGAUCAAAAGCCCCCUCUUGCAGAGAAUACCCGCCUACUCGCACAGUCGCUGUCCUCCCGAGGUGCACAAGACGUGCUUCUGCGUGCGCUUCAUCGCAGAGCACACGAAGAUGCUGGAGGAGUCUACCAAGGUGAAAGAAGACUGGAAAUAUGUGGCGAUGGUGCUAGAUCGCCUUUUCCUGUGGAUAUUCACAUUGGCGGUACUGGUGGGUACUGCAGGGAUCAUCCUGCAAGCGCCCACCCUAUACGACGAUCGCAUCCCCAUAGACAAGAAGUUCUCCGAGUUGGCCACCACGACGGUGGUUCGGUGCCCACCACCUCAAUAAACUACCGUACAGUGCUUCAAAGACACUUCAAAUUCUAGUGACUAAUACGAGCUGCGCUCAGGUUGCAGCGAUUAAGAACACG